AUGGCUUUAAUUCCAGCAGGUCCUGAUUUGAGGAUUGUGAUGAUUGGAAAAACUGGUGUGGGCAAGAGUGCUGUUGGGAACACCAUCCUGGGAUACGAGUUCAUCAAAAGAGAAAUUGUGAAAUGUGUUGAAAUCUCCUGUCCCGGUCCUCACGUGUUCCUGUUGGUCAUCCAAAUCGGCCGAUUCACCAAAGAAGAGAAAAACUCAGUGGAAGCCCUGCAGGAGCUGUUUGGCCCCGAGGCAAACAAGAAACACACUGGUACCACAGUAAAACUUGUUCUACUGGGAAUGGCUGGAACUGGAAAGAGUGCAAGUGGAAACACCAUCCUCGGAAAGAAGAGCUUCAUGUCUAAACCCAGUUCAAAGCCGGUCACCACAGAAUUCCAGGUGGCAGAAACUGAGAUGAAUGACUUACAUGUACGUGUGAUUGAUAGCCCAGACAUCUUUGAUGAUGACAUUGAAGCAUCAGUCACAGACAAACAUGUAAAAAAGUGUAAACAGCUCUGUGAGUCAGAACCCUGUGUGUAUGUACUCGUGAUGCAUGUGAGCAGAUUUACAGAUUGUGAGAGAGACAUCAUGGAAAAGUUAGAAAAAGCUUUUGGGAGAGAAGUUAAAGAAAUCCUGUUCACACGGGGAGACGACCUGCAGCAGGCAAAAAUGAUCUUGAAGGAUUUCCUGCAUUCCUGCCAACCUGGUCUGAGGGAAAUAGUUGAAAAGUGUGGAAACAGGUGUGUUCUCUUUGAGAACAGCAGGUCAAGUUCACAGGAAGUGGAAAAGCUGAUUGACACGGUGAUCGGGCUGUUAGAAUAACAGGCA